AUGUCUCGGGUGAGAAUUAUCGACACGAGCUAUGUGAAUGUGCCGGCAGCCACCACGCCGCCACCAGAACCGAUCAAGCUCAGCGCCAUGGAGGCACCGUGGGUCGUCUUCCCAGUGCUGCAGCACGUCCUGCUCUUUGAGGAUGCGGACAUGCCAACCUUCGACGCCGUUGUCCACUCUCUACGGUCCUCCUUUGGGGUGACCCUGGGUAGCUUCGCGCCGCUCGCCGGCAAGCUCGUCCACCUCAAGGACACCGGUGACGUGGCCAUCAGCUGCUCCGCCUCCGACACCGUCAAGUUCGUCGUGGCGGAGUCUGAUACCGACAUUCGCCGCCUCGUCAGCGACGAGGAACCCGACCUGCCCGUGCUCGAGCAGCUCGUGGCGAAUGUAGACAUGAGCAAGCUGCCAACCGACGUGCUGGCCGUGCAGGCCACACGCUUCGAGGGCGGCGUGGCGGUCGGGGUGACGGUGCACCACGCCGUCGCCGAUGGGAGGUCGCUGUGGACGUUCGUGGAGGCGUGGGCUACGGCGUGCCGAGGAGAGACGCCUGCGGCGACACCUACCUUCGACCGUUCGCUCGUCAAGCUGCCCGGAGGCGAAGAGCAGGCCAGGAGCAUUUACCGGAAGCUGGCGCCGAACCUGCCUUUGGCGACAUCGCCGUCGUUUUUGGAAGAAGACCGCGCGCGGUUCAGCCGCCGGACAUUCACAUUGGACAAGCAGGACAUCCAACGCCUCAAGCAACACAUCGUCCUUCUCAGCGAAGCCCAUGACGUACCUCUGACACGCCCUCCGUCCACCUACGUCGCCGUCACCGCGCUCGCCUGGACAUGCUUUGCUCGGUGCAAGCCGUUUGCCAUGGACGACGACUUGCUCCUCUCCUUCCUCGCCGACGUCCGCGACCGCCUCAGCCCUCCAGUCGAGGCGGCGUACAUCGGCGUGUGCCUCACCGGGUGCCUCGCGAUCAUCCCCACGAGGGAGCUCCGCGGCGCUUGCGCUCUGGUGGCUGCGGCGUCGGCGAUCCAAAACGAGAUCCGCAGGAUGACCGAAGACCCUACCAAUAGGCGGGAUUACCUAAACCUGAUCAAGGCCUCAUGGGACCGGGUGAUGAAUGUGUCGGGCUCGUCGGGAUUCAGGGCAUACGAGAUCGCCGACUUUGGGUGGGGAAAGCCGAGGCGAACGGAGCCGAUCAGGAUGAACCACGACGGCCAGGUGGCCUUGAUGCGUGGAAGGGACGACGACGGAGUACAGGUCUCGGUGUCACUGCUCCAGCGGGCGGAAAUGGAUCACUUCAAGUCUUUGUUCCUCGACCUAGCAGGGUUAAGUUAG